AUGCAGCCUUCGAAGGAGAAUAUAGCCGAGUUUCUAGCAUUUACCCCAGGCUGCGAAGAGGGGACUGCCUUCAUGUUCCUCGAGAAUGCAAACACCCUCAAUGAAGCCGUGGAUCGAUUCUAUGAGAAUCCAGACAGGUAUUCGCAUACCUCUGUGAAGAAUAAUGAUUUAAAGCCCCAGAAGCCGGGGAUUGCGCCAGUCCCUCCGGCAACAAUGAACAGCGCCCCGCGACGGCCUCAUAUGAAUGCUCUAAUCCAAGCCGAGCUCGUCCGGGCCCGAGAUGAGCAGGAAAUGCAGAACAUGCUGCAAACAGUCCAGCUGCAGUUUCUCAUUUAUAAUUCGGAAAUUGAGCCCGAGCAUGAUACAGACUUUUACUGCUCCUGCCAAAUUCACCAGUACAAGGCACGAAAAAUGAAUCGCCUCGGCGUCCAUGCCAUGUGGUGCAAGGCUGUCAUGUAUCCUGGAGAAAAGGUGUAUCACGAUUGCUACCAGAAUCCCAUCUUUACCAGCAAUCCCUAUUUGUACGCGAUUACGUCCCCUUAUGGACUCAGUCAAUUUUCAAUUUCUUCAAUUCUGCGACCAGACCCGCACUAUCAUGCUAGAUCGGUGCAUCAGACGAUAGAAUUGAACGCGGCGCUCAAUGUAAAGGCACAAGCUUCAAUCAAUGCCCAAGAACCAAAGUUCAAUAUCUGGGAAAUGGAUCAGCUAGUAACGGCGAUGUCGAAUGCGACAAUAGCCGGCCCCUCCAAGCUAUCGGGCCUGAAGAGGGCUCUUUCAAUCAAAUCUUCCCAGGAAAGGGCCGUGAUGAAAUCAAAGAAGGAAAUUGCCUAUGCAACUGAUUUGCGAACCCAAAUCCUCCAGGAAGAGGUCGGUAGAUGGCCGGACCAGAACGAUCGAGAGAUUGUAGCAACUUACCAGGCACACGUUGGCAUGACUUCAAAGAUAGCAGACCUUCGAGCCCGUUUCCCGAUCCAGUAUUUUCACCUGCUUCGUGCGGGCUACUUUGAGCCAAUCCCAGUGGCCUGGGCCACAUUGGCUUCUAAUCCUUUGAAAUUUUCUAUCGAAGCCCGUGCCGGGUGGAGAGGAAUCACCCCGACGUGGAGAGGAUUUGAGGAUACAGCAGAGGAACGCUUAUAUUGGGUCCUAAAUCAUCGAGAAGGAGGUGGAGCAAGACUGAAGCCCGAUAUGAUCUCGGCGCUGAACAUGGCCCGCGCCCGAAUGGCCUCGGCGGUCGAACCUCCCCCGGCAUACUACGCUGCUGACGAUACCUGCCAUGUUCAACAUACUUCCAAGGGAUACUCGAGACAAGUCAUGCCGCCUCCAUUUAUACCUUUCGAUCGACCUGAAACUCCAGCUGAUGAUACAAUGAUUUUAUUGGAUGUUUCCGGCUCUAUGGAUUUCGAUCCCGUCCGGCCAAAUUAUGUCCAGUAUUUGAUAACAGGCUUUUCACCAUCUACCCAGCCAAAGAAUAAAGACGUCGCAAAGGCGAUAAUUCGCAGAUUCACGGAUGCAAUGGCCAAUCACGACCAUAAUGGGCAAGGCUAUCAGCUCACAACCUUCUCGUCUUACGCAAACUACGUCGGCGUCGCAAACCACCGGAAUCUCGAUGAAUUAUGGCGGAAUAUUCGUUUCGGUGGAGGGACAAGAGUGAUGACGGGCUGGCAGAAAGUCAAAGAGCUUCAUUUUCAGAAGCAUUCCGCGUCAGCUACCUACCACCCCAUCUACGGAUGGCAAGCCGGGCCAGAGACGCCCAUCCUACGGCUCCUGCUCUUACUGGACGGCGAGGCAACCGACAUGGAUGAGUUCGAAUUGGAUCUGCUUAGCCUGUCAUGGGUGCAUGUCACUAUUUUCUUGAUAGGUGUUGAUGGAUGUCCCCAUCACCACCGCCAUGCGAACGAGCUACAGCGGAUCAGCGAUGUGAAUCAUCAUGUGUCUUUUGUGGAUGCUCAGGGCAAUGCGCCAGAGCGGUUUAUCACCCACGAACUUCUGAAACGCCAUCUAGGCUAUGAACUGUCUAUGUCCGAAUUUGAAGACUUGGAGCAGCCGCCCCCGUAUUCGUCCACAGCAUGA